AUGCUUCCUACCCUUCGUUCCGCAGCCGUCGCGUUGCUGGUUUCCGCCGCGCCCGGCUUGGCGCAGUUUCCAGCGGAGCCCGUUGGUCUCAAAGUUUUAGAAUCGCGCUUUGGAGAUGGUGUGAAAAUCACCUUCAAAGAGAACUCGCUUUGCGAAACCACGCCCGGUGUUAAGUCCUACUCCGGCCACGUCUAUCUGCCUCCGGGAACCGCGGACUUGGGUCAAGGACAGGAUUACCCGAUCAACACCUUCUUUUGGUUCUUUGAAGCUCGUGAGGAUCCGACGAAUGCGCCGCUCACCAUCUGGCUGAAUGGAGGACCGGGUUCUUCAUCCAUGUAUGGUAUUCUCGAAGAGAAUGGACCAUGUUAUGCGAACCCGGAUUCCAACUCUACACGACCAGCGGAAUGGAGUUGGAACAGAGCCUCGAACAUGCUCUAUCUCGACCAACCGGUACAAGUCGGCUUCUCCUAUGAUACCCUGCAAAACAUCACUCGGAACCUUGUUACCGGCGAGGUCACGCUUCUCAACGAGACCUCUACCGUGCCUGAGCAGAACACCACUUUGCUCACCGGAACUUUCCCCAGUCGCGAGCCAAACAACACCGCUUUUGGCAGUGUUAACGGAGCCGUAGCAGCCUGGGAGUUUGCACAGGCUUGGUUCCAAGAAUUUCCUCACUACCUUCCGAACGACACCCGCAUCAGUCUUGCAGCUCAGUCGUAUGGCGGACGCUACGGCCCCGCCAUGAUGUCCUUCUGGGAAGAGCAGAACCAGCGCAUUGAGAAUGGUACCCUGGGCGAAGAAGGUUACAUCAUGCAUCUCGACACCUUGCUCCUCAUCUCAGGAUGCGUUGAUCGUUACGUGCAGUACCCUUACUACCCCCAGCAAGCAUUCCGUCAAAACGGAUACGGUAUCGAAGCCGUCAAUGAGACGACAUACAACGCCAUGGUUGAAGCAGUGCCUGAAUGUCUCGAGCGCAUCCAGAACUGCCGCGAUGCCGCUAGACAAGACGACCCCGAGAACCUGGGUAUUGAUGCCGGUGUGAACGAAAUCUGCGAAGAUGCAGAAUCGUUCUGUCGCGCGGAAAUCGUCAGCCCGUACAACCAAUAUGCAGGCCGAGACUACUACGACAUCUCGACCCCGUCGCCACCUCCAUUCCCACCGCCAUUCCAUGAAGGCUACUUGAACCGCGAAUGGGUGCAAGCUGAACUCGGCGUACCGCUCAACUGGACCGGCAGCUCGCCCCAAGCCUCUUCCGCAUACCGCGACAUUGGUGACUACCCACGUGACAACUGGCUCGACGACCUUGGUUUUCUGCUCGACAACGGCAUCAAAGUCUCGCUCGUUUACGGAGAUUUAGACUUUGCCUGCCCCUGGGCUGGCGGUGACGCCGUUGCCAAGGCAAUCAACUGGACUGGUUCAGCUGGCUAUGCCUCCGCACAAUACGCCGAGAUCCAGACCAACGACUCCUACGUCGGUGGCCUCGUUCGACAAUACGGUAACUUGAGCUACAUCCGCACGUACCAAGCCGGUCACGCGAUUCCAGCAUACCAACCCGAAACCGCGUUCAAGAUCUUCACGCGCGCGCUGUUCAAUCUCGACAUUGCUACUGGUACCGAAUCAACAUCUGGAACGGAUGAGAGCAGCACAUACAUGAGCACCGGUCGCCCCGACCCUGAUGUGCAAUUCGACGCUUUCACUAGCGAAAGACUGACAUACUGCUACACCUGGGAUCUCAGCUCUUGCAGCGAGGAGUACGUCGACGCGGUUCUGGAUGGCUCGGCAGAGAUUUGCCAAUAUCUUGUUGUCGAUGCGAACACUACUGCGCUGUUCCCGGAGGUCAUUGCAAAGUGUCGCGCGGAAAGCGGCGGCAAUGGUACUGUGCCUGGUGGGCAUAGUAACAACACGCUGCCCGAGUUCGAAGGUGCUGCUGCGAGCGUAAGAGGAAAUGCGUGGGCCGUCUGGUCAACACUCGUCACGAUGGGUGUAGUGAGCUUUGUGCUCUAA